AUGUCUGCCGAGGCAUGGCCCGAACCCUCCGUCAAGUCGGCGCUUGGCGACACCGCGCACGCGCCUCAUGAAGGGCCGUCCGGAGAGCUGACGGCGACCGUCCUGGCGGAGUACGCCGCGCAGGUGGCCACCGCCGGCGCCGACGGGUCAGAUUUCUCCCAAGGGCUGGGGAGGGUGGAGGAGAGGCUGCAGAACUGCGAUAGCAACGCAUGUGUGUGCCUCGUGUGCCUUGAGGUCAUCCAUGGGGAAGACCCUGUGUGGAUCUGCAGAGAGGGCUGCCAUGACCUGUUCCAUCUGCACUGCAUACAGGGCUGGGCAAGGCAGCAAAAGCAGGUCGCCGCAGAGUCGGCAACAAGACACCUGAACCCAGAGCGAUUUCCUGAUGCCCUGUCCACCCGCAAAGAGUCUGCGGAGUGGGGCUGCCCAAAGUGCAGGACGCCAGACAGCUCCACCCACAUCCCAACAUCAUACUACUGCUUCUGUGGCAAGACCCUGGACCCCACAUUCGAUCCAUGGCUGCCAGCACAUUCGUGCGGAGAAAAGUGCGGGAGGGAGCUCUUGGGCCGGGGUGGCCAUGCAUGUGGGCACUCGUGCAUGUUGCUCUGCCACCCCGGCCCCUGCCCACCAUGCCCCAGACUGGUGGAGGAAUCUUGUCACUGCGGAAAGGUCACAAGGCGGCAGAGGUGUGGACAAAAGAGCUUCUCAUGUGGGACAGUGUGUGGGAAGGGCCUCAGCUGUGGUCACAACUGCCCAGCAGCCUGCCACCCAGACAGUUGCCCUCCCUGCGAGCUUACCGGAGAAUUCUCCUGCAAGUGUGGCAAAGAACGGCGAACUGUAAGCUGUUCUGAGCAGGUGUUUGAGUGUGGCGAGGUCUGUGGGAAGCCGUUGGCCUGUGGGAGACACAAGUGCUCAAAGAUCUGCCAUUAUGGUGACUGUGGUGGGUGCCCAAUGUCAGGCAUCAGGCAUUGCCACUGUGGCAAGGUCGAAUUCCCUGAACUGACGUGCAUGGAUGCAGCACCAAGCUGUGGCGACACAUGCGGCCGCUGGCUCCCAUGCGGCAGGCACAGGUGCACCGACCGGUGCCACCCUGGGGACUGUGCACAGGCAUGUCGCCAAAGAGUGACUAAGGUGUGGGAGGAGUCAAAAGGAAGUUACAUGCCACGAGACAUACACCUGCUCACACAAGUGCACGAACCUCCGUGA